AUGCUGCUCGGAGCGUCCUGGCUGUGCGCGUCCAAGGCGGCCGCCGCUGCUGCGCAGAGCGAGGGCGACGACGACAGGCCCGGCGAGCGGCGGCGGCGGCGGGCGGCGGGCGAGGACAUGGACGAGUCGUCGCUGCUGGACCUGCUGGAGUGCUCGGUGUGCCUGGAGCGCCUGGACACCACGGCCAAGGUGCUGCCGUGCCAGCACACUUUCUGCCGCCGCUGCCUGGAGAGCAUCGUGUGCUCGCGCCACGAGCUGCGCUGCCCCGAGUGCCGCAUCCUGGUGGGCUGCGGCGUGGACGAGCUGCCGGCCAACAUCCUGCUGGUGCGCCUGCUGGACGGCAUCCGCCAGCGCGCCCCGGGCUCCCCGGUCUUCCUCCCUGCGGGGGCCGGCAACGCCACCGCCAGCCUGCGCGAGCUGGCGACCAGCAGGAGCGCGCCCGUGGCCAAGACUCUUUCCCAGCUUCCCUAUGGGAAGGCGCUCUACAGUUACGAGGGAAAGGAACCCGGCGACCUCAAGUUCAGCAAGGGCGAUGUCAUCAUCCUGCGGCGCAAGGUGGAUGAGCACUGGUACCACGGGGAGCUGCACGGGGCACAUGGUUUCCUGCCUGCCAGCUAUAUCCAGUGUGUCCGGCCCCUGCCACAGACCCCGCCCCAGGGCAAAGCACUUUAUGAUUUCGAGAUGAAGGACAGAGACCAGGACAAGGACUGUCUGACCUUCACCAAGGACGAGAUCCUGACUGUCAUCAGAAGAGUGGAUGACAACUGGGCAGAAGGCAUGCUGGGAGACAAGAUUGGGAUCUUCCCCUUGCUGUACGUGGAGCUCAACGACUCGGCCAAGCAGCUCAUGGAGAUGGACAAGGCCUGCCCAGCCGCUGUGUCUGGCUGCCACGCCCUGGUGCCCUCUGACCCCGGCACGGCAGCCAGUGUGGCCCUGGGACCCUCAGCGAGCAGCACGGGGGCGGUCAGCGCCUUUCAGCGGCGUGCGGACAGCAAGAAGAACGCCAAGAAGCGCCACUCCUUCACCGCGCUCAGUGUGACACACAAGUCCUCCCAAGCCACGAGCCACAGGCACUCCAUGGAGAUCAGCGCUCCAGUUUUGAUCAGCUCCAGUGAUCCCCGGGCCGCAGCCAGAAUCGGGGACCUGGCCCACCUGUCCUGCAGCGCUCCCACCCAGGACUCCUCUUCCUCUGCCGGACCUGCCUCAGCAGCUGAACAGCAAGGCACAGCUCCCAAAGUCCAGCUGCCCCUCAACGUGUACCUGGCACUCUAUGCUUACAAGCCCCAGAAGAAUGAUGAGCUGGAGCUGCGGAAGGGCGAGAUGUACCGUGUCCUAGAGAAAUGUCAGGACGGCUGGUUCAAGGGGACGUCCCUGAGGACUGGGCUCUCUGGGGUGUUCCCAGGAAACUAUGUAACACCCGUCUCCAGAGCUCCUGUAGGAGGGGCUGGGCCACCCCGGAAUAAUGUCGUUGGAGGGUCUCCACUGGCCAAAGGGAUGGCCACAACCAUCCACCCAGGUGGUGGAAGUCUGAGCAGCCCAGCCACUGCCACAAGGCCAGCCCUUCCCCUCACCACACCCCAGGCCCAGCACCAGGCGGCCUCUCCGCCGACGGGCAGUUGCCUGCGGCACACAGCCCAGCCGGCCACCAGCCAAGCCCGGGGCACCGUCCCCACAGCUGCCCACUCCUCAGCCCAGGCCCAAGACCGGCCAACAGCCACCGUGUCGCCCCUGCGCACCCAGAACUCCCCCUCACGCCUGCCCGCUGCCAGCCUCAGACCCCACUCGAUGGUGUCCCCGCAGCACCUGCACCAGCCCCCCGUGCAGACGAUUCUUGGGGCCCAGUGCCCCCGAGCAGCCAUCCCACUUACAUCCGCAGCAUCAGCCGUCACGCCUCCCAAUGUCAGUGCAGCCAACCUCAACGGGGAGGCCGGAGUGGGGCCUGGCAGUGGCCUGUCAUCAUCCAGCCCCACCAACACCGGAUGCAAACCAGAUGAGAAAAAAAAUGAAAAGAAAGAGAAGAAGAGUGGGCUGCUGAAGCUUCUCGCUGGGGCUUCCACCAAGAAGAAAUCUCGCUCCCCACCGUCCAUCUCUCCAACCCACGAAGCCCAGGUGGCAGCAGACACCUCACUCCAGGGUGCCGUGGGGCCCGAAGUGUCCUCGCUGUCCAUGCAUGGCAGGGCAGGCUCCUGCCCCAUAGAGAGUGAGAUGCAGGGUGCUGUGGGGAUGGAGCCACUGCACAGAAAGGCGGGCUCCUUGGAUCUGAACUUCUCCUCAUCCCCCUCCAGGCAAGCACCUCUCUCCAUGGCUGCCAUCCGUCCGGAGCCCAAGCCUUUGUCCAGGGAGAGGUACCGCGUGGUAGUCUCAUACCCUCCCCAGAGUGAGGCGGAGAUUGAGCUGAAGGAAGGUGACAUCGUCUUUGUGCACAAGAAGCGAGAGGACGGCUGGUACAAGGGAACCCUGCAGAGGAACGGCCGCACCGGUCUCUUCCCAGGCAGCUUUGUGGAGAGCUUCUGAGGACCCGCCCCCCACACCCUGCUCCUGGGCACCGAGGCUCCCCGGGGUCCCCAGGGGCUGAAGAGAGGAGGUCCAGGCCGCCGAGGGUCCUGGGUCCCUCUCAAGGCUCCUGGCAGGCCACCCUGGACGAGGACGGGAGCUGAGGGACGCAGGGUCGCGCCUCCACCCACAGCCCCCAGCCGAGAGUGCACCCCGGGGUGCAUCUCCGACAAAAAUGCUUCCCUCUGCGUAAACUGUAAAGAAAUGUCAUUGAAAAGAGAAGCUGUUGAUGCGGGUUGAUUUGCUCUGUGCCGGACUGCUAAGCGGCGGCGGGCUUGCUGGCUGCCCACGCAGGCCAGGGCCCAGGGCGUCAGCAUGAUGUCUCGAUGGGCUGCCCAGGGCUUCCUGUGGGGGAUCCAGAUUGCUCCAUCACCUCUCUAUAUACCUCAGUCACCUGCCACCCGGCCGCACAGCAAGGGUGUUCCCGGCCCAGGGCCUUCACCAGGUCCAGGGGGUCCCCGGGCCAGCCCAGCGCACAGCUCCCAUCGCAGGCGCCAGAUCGCACUUGGCUUUGUUUCCUGCCCAUGUUAUAAGCCACACAUUUCUUUUGCCGCCACUGUCCCUUUGCAUUGCUUCUUUCUUACAACAUCUUUUUAAGGUAAAGCUGUUAGACUUUCUAUAUUUCUAAUAGGUCAUACAUUGCCUAUUUUUCAUACAUCUGGUGCUGCCUUUUUGUAAAACCAGUAAUGACUUGGUUGAGCUUGAAAGAAAAAAUAUCUAAGUUGAUAUCGAGUGGGCAGAAUUUUUAUACGUAGCAUGUGAAUUUUGGAAAACUCUGAAAAGCCCACGUACUCAACAUCAGUGUUGGCUACUGCUCCGUGGAGAAGAGGGAACCACUUAAAUAGUGGUUGGAAGGAGUUUGGUAAAAACCAAUUUCUUUAAACCCUUACCAAAGCUCCGUGCUAUGUCUAGACAGUGGUAAUUACUAUUCAAGAACUGGAACCAUUUCAAGGAAGGGUCACUGCAAUUGCUUUUGUGUGGCAGUAAAAAGAACAUCAAGGUCAACCCCAGCCUAGGAAGGCAGAAUUUUCCUUUUAUUGCUUUAGAGAAAAUGAAUACAAUUAGCAUAAUCAAAAUAUGACUUCUUGGUACUGAAAUGUGCAGUUUUUAACCAGAGUUCAGAUUUACCACCUUGUGAUGGUUUUGUCUUUUUUUUUUUUUUUCCUAAUAAAUGCUUCCCUAUCAGGCAGUACAGAUGUUGGUGUAGAGACUGGAAGUACAAUGAGGAGAACAAGGGAUUUGAGGCAUUGCUGCAGACCCAGAAUCCAAGGGAGCUGGGAGGAGAAAAAGGAGGAAGGGGCAUCUUUGAUCCCGGCACCCUGCCCUGGGCGGGGUCCGUCAGAGCCUCCUCCUGAGCCCGGCAGCCCAGACCUCCCAGACACAGACUGGAGAAGGCAGUCUCAUUCUCAAGAGAGUCAGACCUUAAGAAUACGUUCCUAUCAGCUCAAAGUCACAAUUCAUAAGCCCCCUCUUUUUAUUUUUACAAAGCUACUCAAGUUUAAAUUAGGCUGACUAAAUUAGCCUUUGGCAAUGUAAGAUUGCCUGGUUUUGAAAGAUGCAACAAAAUCCAGAAACACAUUCCCUCGCCUGAUGUGAUGCCUUUGAAAUACCAAAUGUUUAUUUUCAGAGUUCCUAUUUGGGGAUGUUACUUGGCUAUUUGUUACUGCCAGGUGGCUACCAUGCUGGUGAUAUCACACCUAGACAAAGGCUCCUCUCCCUUCUCCAGAUGAGCAUAGAUUUAAUAAGAGUUGAGAAAUUUGUUCUGAAUCAAAGAAAGACAAAAUCCGGCUUAAACCUGGGGAGCCCCAUACAUGUGUUAAUGACAACCAGAAGGUAACCAUUUGCCAUCAGUGCCAAAUUAGUUGCCUGUAAUGCACAAAAAUCAUGUGCAUGUUUAAAAUCAUGCCAUCACCAAAAAUGUGCGUGGAUUAACAUGCUGAGACACAUGUUCCCCAGUGAGACCGAAACUAACUCAAAUCCCCAGAUAAUAAGGAAAGCCUUUUUUAAAAAAAUGAAGACAGUUACCAAGCAACAAAUAGACUAACUUGGACCUUCUUUCCUCUCUGAGCCACUGCCUACAUGAUGCUCGUGGUAGGUAGGAAUUGCUGAACAGCCUAGUGACUGUGGGUGAGGCAGCAGCCCAGCAGGGCCCAGCACCCCUCACAGCAGAGAGUUGGGGCCAGCAUCCCAUGCCUUUGAAAGGUGUCAACUGGCUCCUCUUGCAGCAGAGCUGGGGCAGGCAUUGGUAUGACCUUGGGGAGGAAGCAGUGCCAUGGGCCAGCCAUCACCAGGACAUCCUUUCAGGUGAGACUCACAGAGAGCAGGGAAAUGCACGAUCAGCACCCGUGCUCUGAGCUGUUUUCAAACACAUUCAACCAAAUCCAUCAGCCUUCAUGACCAUUUAGCCCACAGAGAGGAGCAGGAACAGAAUUACCACCUUGUGAUGAUUCUGUCUUUUUUUUUUUUAAUAAAUGUUUCCCUAUCAGGCAGUACAGAUGUUGGUGUAGAGACUGGAAGUACAAUGAGGAGAAUAAGGGAUUUGAGGCAUUGCUGCAGACACAGAAUCCAAGGGAGCCGGGAGGAGAAAAAGGAGGAAGGGGCACCUUUGAUCCCGGCACCCUGCCCUGGGCACCACCAUCUGGCCCUACAGAACAAACUCAUUUUGGCUACUAAGAUGAAACCAACACCUUGUCUGAACCCUCACACUCUACCCUGACCCAGCAAUUUACACAUCCUGGUUAUUAGUGGCAUUUGGCAGCCAAAGUGACUUGCUUUGAGGAAUGCAGUAGAGUCCAUAGCCACCACGGAGGUCCGCAGGCACUGAAGUGACAGGGACAGCUGGUCCACCUAAGGGCCUCAGAAGUGGAGUGGGGAGACAGUGGGCAGCCAGUUCCCUGGCAGCCUCACUGUGUGAAUGCCAGGCUCUGGUACCCCAAACAAGUUCAGCUGCCUGGCUGGGAAGUUCUUUGUACUUUGCACAGUUCACAAACACAUACACACACACACACACACACACACACACACACACGAUGUUUUUGUUAUACACAAAUGUCAGCGUGUGAUUUUGAAAGAAUUGACAGUGAUGACAAACUAUGAUGCCUGUGUUUCUGAGUCUUUAAAUAAAAAUGAACAUGGAGAGGUCUUGUGUCUGGAUGAUUCAAGCAGUGAGGGUGGGGCAGAGGCUGAGAGGGACCCGAGCAGAAAGGCCUAAGUGGGUAAGAGUGUGACAAGGCAGGUGCCUUACUGUGUCCCUGCUGGCCGGCACGUUGGCUCACACACCCACCAUUGCAGAAUGCUUCCAUGUGGGAAGCACAGGGUGUUGGGCCAUUAGGGAGACCAGGAAUGUCAAGACAGCCAUGUCCAACACAUGCCAGAGAUGCACUAGCCGGGCACUAAGUAUUGAGCCAGCCACCCACUGGUGGGUGUGCAGUACCUCCAGUGGCUCAUUUGC